AUGGACAUUCCAGUGCUUCUAGAGCAUCUAAACGAUUUCCAACAAAACGCGACUGACCUUCACGAAAUCCAUCACUUUACACAGAACUUAAAGACACUAAUCGAAGAAUCAUCUACCAAUCUCCGAAUUGCAACCUCAGACAACACCAUGAUAAACCGUGUAAACAAUCUGCUGCCUAAGUCAAUGCAGCGCCAAGAAAUUAAAAUUUUUAAUUUGAUUGCAAAAUAUGCUGGCUUAUCUAAAGUUUUUAUAAGGAUCCCAACAACUUUAAUUAGACUAGAAAACAGCCUAUAUUUAAUUCAAAAUAGAAAAGAAGAUAGCUUGAUUACCUGCAAGGAAUGCACAGAGAUUGAAUUUUUUAAUUUGCCAAACGCAGCAAAUGAUCAAACUUCACCUGUAUUUGUAUACAAAAGUCAACCAAAAGGGGUUGUGGUACUGUUUUCUUAUGAAAGUGCCUCGAGGCUUUGGAGCACGCUAGAAGUUAAUGCAAUGAUACAGCAGUUUAUACAAAGCAAAGCUGACCCAGCUACAAUUACAAGAGUGCUGUGAAGAAGUGGCAUGAAAAAUAAAUAUUAUACGAUAACAAAUAGAAAAAGUGCAGGCAGAAGGCUUACUCCCCUCUCGUAGCGAACAAAAAAAUUUUGUGGGGGGUUUUGUCUUCUAAAUUUAAAAAAAAAUGUUUUUAAGCAAAUAUUUUAAUUUGUAAAAUUUAUGUUUUUAAAAUGCAAGCUGUUUAAAAUCAAAUAGAAUUAGCUAGAGAUUUCAUUAUACUAAUUAUCACGUAUAUAUCAAAAUUUUUUAUAUAAAACAUUUUUGUUCGAUCACAGAGGGUGGUUUUUUGGGUAAAAUAGAGAUUUUUCCAAUAGCUUUGUUCGCUCACGAAUGGGGAAGUUAGCAAAUCAUUGAGCCAAAAUACAAGCAUAACUGCAGCUUACAAAAGAACGAAAUCUACUAUAGGCUCUGAUAUUAAAGUUCGGCGGGCAUCAGAUUUUCGAUAUACACAUUUAAUGCUGCCAACAUCUCAAUCAAUAAACAACCCAUUUAGAAUCAGCAACAACAGGACGCCCAUUCCUCGCAAAACAAGCUCAAUUGACGAUAUCCCCGAUAUUAAUCGUAUCCAAAUGGAAGAAGAAAAAGGUUUCAUACACAAAUCUCCUACUAUAAUUUUAAGUAAAGCUGAUUUUGAUGUCCAAAGCUUCAAAAAAGAACUACCGAAUUCAAGAGACAAUAAAGAAUAUUUAGUAAUGACAAAAGACGCUGACAGUUGCUAUGCUAGCGAAACUUGUUCAAAAAUCCCUGAAAUUGAAAAUAUGGUCGACCAAAUUGUGGAAUUUUUAAAUCUUCAUGUUUUCAAAAAAAAUGGGCUGAAAGGGAUUGUGCUUGAUUUUGUAAAGGAUAAAAAUAAUGUUUGGUAUUUAUUAGAAUGCAAAGAAUUUAACGUAGAUUUUGUAGUUCCGUUAGAAAUAGAAAAAAAUAGAAAACAUAAAACAAGGAUUGGUGAUGAAAUUGUAAAGCGAAGAAGCCAAAGCAGAGCAGAUACACAAGCUGACACAUUUGAACCUAAACUCCCUGAAAUAAGCAAGGAUAUAAUUGAUGAAAAUGAAGAAUUUUUGUCUCUUGGCUGCCCAUUCAAAAUUCGGACAAAGCCUCAGAGAUUUUGCCAUACUCCUGUUAGCGAAGAAGAAUUUUUAAACCGCCUUGACAGAGUUACUGAAAAAAUUGAUAAAAUCAGCAAUUCUCAUAUACCGUCAUCUAAGCUGUUUCCUCAAGAUAAAAAUGAACAAGUCCAAGGAUACUUAAAUAGUCAUGAUUAUUAUAGUUCCCAAUCAAAUCUCCCAACUCAUAGCUAUACUUUAUCUGAUAGCUCAGGAAAAGGGAGCCUUGAUGCAGAAAAUGUUGGCAAAAAUUAUAGUGGUUUUCCCUCUAUGGCCCGAUAAGGGCCUUGGGUUCUCCGUGGAAUCCCUCUGUUGGCCAAACCAGCAGAGGGAUUCCACGGAGAACCUAAGGCCCUUAUCGGGCCAUAUAGGGAAAACACCUAUACCCAAAAAAAAUCCUAUCAGAAGGUGUCACAAGUUUAGAUGACAUGAACAUGAAAAUUAAAAUUGCGAAACUAAGAAGCACAAAUUUAUUCGCAAAAUACGGAGGAGAGUCUUUUUGGAGCAAGUUUAUUUUGUCGUUUUAUAAUAAAGUCCUGUCCAAUGAAAUGCUAUGCAAGUUUUUUAAAAAUUCGAAGCUUCAGAGCUUUGAGUUUAUUGUUGCAGGGUAUUUUAAACUAUUUAAUGGAAGUUUGAAUUUAGAAUUGAGAAAAAGGCUUAAGGCUUCCCAUUAUUAUAGAGGAAUUACUGAAAGAGAUUUUGAUUGCUAUAUUGAUUUAUUCAGCCAUACAAUGGCUGAGUUUAAUAUAGAAGAAGAGGAUAGGAUUGGAAUGAUUUCAGAGUUAAGAUCAGUAAAAAAUAUUAUAUGCAGAGAACUUAUGUAG